AUGCAGCGUUACGGUGACCACGGCCACUCGCCCGAGAGAGAACCUCUCGAUGGCUACAACGGGCAGUCGCAUCGAGGAGUUUCCCCCGACAGCCGCGGCUACUCGCCGCCCGAGAUUUAUCACGACCAGCUUCAGCCUCCGCCAGUGCCCUCUCACCAGAACCAGGGCCAGAACUACGGCUACGACCAGGGCUACGACUACGACUACGAUAACAUGACAAACUCCCGAGGAUAUCCCCAAAACAAUGUGACCCCCGGUGCUGACAACUUCAGCGACAUGGCCUCUGGAGGAAUGGCUGGCAUUGCCUAUGGAGUAGCAGAGCGAAACGCCCGAGAGAGCGGCAUGCAAGCGGCCCAUGGCGGACUGCCGCCCCCGCCAUCCCACGCUCGAUAUCCCGGCGGCUUCGAAUAUCACCAAGACGGCGAACGCGGCUCGCGAUCCAGCUUCAACCCUCUGGGCAUGCCGACUGCGGCCCACAGCUCGCGAUCGCCCUCUCGCAGCACGCGCGAUCCCUAUGCCGACGACCACUAUCCGCAGAUGUAUCCGCCCAACUCGCGGAAUAGCAAUCCGAUGCUGGGCAUGGUCAAUCCUAAUGAGAUUGUGGAUGACGGCGACGAUGGACUGGACUAUUCGCGACGCAGCCAGCGCAACUCGAUUCUCAGUGCUUCCAACUCGGACAGAGCAGCCAAGGGAGCUGCGGUUGCGACUGUGGCAGCUGGAGGAGCCAUGGCUGCUGGCGCCAUCAAGAGCGCCUUGGGCCCAGCUGGAGGUAAUGGCGGAAGCGAGGAAGGCGGAGGCAUGCUCUUCGACAACGGUAGCACCGAGGAAAAGUCUGCCUGGAUGGCGCAGCAAACGUCUAGCCGCAAACGAUGGCGCUGGGCCAUUUCCAUCCUUGUUGUCAUCAUCAUCGCGGGUGCUGUUGUUGGUGGCGUCCUUGGAAGCCGAGCCGCCAACAACAACGGCAGCAAAUCCAGCAGCGGAAGCGGUAGCUCCAAGGGCGGCAGUGGCAGUGGCGGCAGUGGUAGCAGCUCUGAUGACAGUGGUGACCUUAACAUCAACAGCCAGGAGAUCAAGGACCUGCUCAACAACCCAGACCUGCACAAGAUCUUCCCCGGCAUUGACUACACGCCCCUCAACACUCAGUAUCCCGACUGUCUGACCAACCCUCCUUCGCAGAACAACAUCACUCGCGACGUGGCCGUGCUCAGCCAGCUGACCAACAAGAUCCGUCUCUAUGGUACUGAUUGCAACCAGACUCAGAUGGUCCUUCACUCCAUCUCGCAGCUCGAAAUGACCAACGACAUCAAGGUCUGGCUGGGCGUCUGGCAGGACAACAACGCCACGACCAAUGCUCGCCAGCUCAAGCAGAUGUGGAACAUCCUGGACAAAUACGGCGACGGUCCCUUUGAGGGCAUUAUUGUUGCCAACGAGGUGCUCUUUCGUCAGCAGUUUACCGUCACUACUCUUGGCGAGCUCCUUGACGACGUGCGCACCAAUCUCACCAAGAAGAAUCUGAAUCUCCCAGUCGCUACCUCCGACUUGGGAGAUGACUGGACUUUAGCUCUUGCUGCUGAUAGCGACUACAUCAUGGCCAACGUUCACCCCUUCUUUAGUGGAACACAGGCGACGGAUGCCGCUGCCUGGACCUGGAACUUCUGGAGCGACCACGACGGUCAAUUCUGGAAGUCGGACAAGUCCAAGAAUGUGAUUUCUGAGACGGGCUGGCCUACAGGGGGAGGCCAGUACUGCGGAGGUCCCAGCACCUGCCCGCAUCCGGCCGUGGCUGGAAUCGACGAGCUCAACACCUUCAUGAGCGACUGGGUUUGCCAGGCGCUCGAGAACGGCACAAACUACUUUUGGUUUGAGGCCUUUGAUGAGCCGUGGAAGGUGGUUUACAACACGCCGGGCCAGGAGUGGGAGGACAAAUGGGGACUGAUGGACGCCAACCGAAAGCUCAAGGAUGGAGUCAAGAUUCCCGACUGCGGCGGCAAGACUGUUUAGUAAAGCCAAGGGUUUGUACUUCUCUCGACAAGCGUCUUGAGAUUUGCCUUGUGUGUUUGAACAAAAGUCUUUACAGCUGAUGAUGCAUGACGGAUAUGACGAUUCUUUGUGCUAUUGCGCACUCUCUAUUGGUAGACCUUGAGUCUUGUUCUUUGUUCAUUGUUUUUUUUUUCUGUCAUGCUUUUAAUAUGCCAGUCUUUAUUCUUCUUUCUCUGCCAUACCACGCUGGAGGAUAAACCCAAACGGGGACAACAUAUCGACGGCACUGUGUCAAGUUACGUUUGCUCUUCUUCUUUUCCUUUCCUGCGAAACGGCAUGGUACACAUGGCUUCGACUUCGAAUCGAAAUUGGGCGUUUUAGGGCAGCAUGCGGAAGCAGCUUUUUUUUCGUUCUUCUUUUUCCCCUAGGCGGUGGCAUACAUCAUUCAAUGCGAAGCAGGCACUAAAAAACGCGUUUACUGUGUAAAUUUUUAUUGUACGAUUUCUAUCUUUCUCUCAAGCUGAAGCUCCGAACUCGUCGAAGAUGUGCAUUUCGAAGAUGACACUUUGUGCGACAGAUAUUAGGGCAGGGGGUAUCAAUAAUGGUUGGUGGAAGGGGGGGUUGUCAUGACGAGCAUCAAAGGGCUUGUAUAUAAGAUACAGAGGC